ACAGGUUCUGCGAAGGUUAACGUGAGGACCCAUUCUUAUUGCUCUCCAAUCGUUGCUCUCAAUGCCGACGGGCGCUUUUCAUACCGUGGCAGUGCUGGCUGUGCUGUUCGGCGCGCUGGCACUGACACGGUAUCACUUCCAGCACGAGAGUGAAAUCUCUCUCAACACGACCGUAAGGCAGAUCCCACGCCAGAAUGCAUCGACAUCAUAUGCAUUCCCUGCUCAUACGCUUCCAUGAAUGCAGAUCACCCUUAAUGAUAGAAACAUGGCUGGCAAUUUCGAAGUCCAGAAGUCAGUGCAUGCACAGCCACAGCCGUCCAACACAGACGACGGGGCGCGCAGUGCAGCGGAUAAGGCGGGUUCGGGUGAUGGAGAAGGUAGCGGGGCAGUGGGGGAGGUGGCGAGGUUUGCGGAUGCGGCCGGCCGUUCGGUGGACCCAGGCAUCGAGGAUGUGUACGUGCCUCUGGUGCCCAUGACCUCCCCAGCAGACGACAGCCAUGCCAGCAGCGAUCGUGGGGAGCGGCGUGAGGCGAGCGGGCACUACCUGUUCUCCAAGCAGUACCAGCAAGGCUGCGAGGGCUGCCCGGGGUGCUUCCCAGCACUCGGAGUGGGCCUGGGUGCGGGUGUGGAUGUGGGAGCCGCCAACCCCCCCUACUGUCCAUACCCCUCAGUCAACAGCAAGAAGUCCCUCCCGCUGCUCAACCCACUGGUGGCGCAUCGGCUGUGGGCGAGGUCGGGGGCCGAGGGCAACGUGAGCUCAUCCGACGAAGGCCGCAAGGACUCAGACAUGCCGCCCCCCAGCUUCCUGCACAUCUGCCGCAACUUCCAGCAGCCCUUCCACUCACACGCACUCGCACGGUGUGCCCCCCGGAAGCACAAGGCUCGUUCCAAGAGCGGCAAGCCGAAGGUCAGGCGCGAGAUGGAGCUGGAGGACCCCGUGGAGAUCAGUGGCGAUCUGAUCCAGGCCAAGGCGCGUCAUGCAGCAGACAUGGCGGGGCGGCUGCAGGCGGGGGACCACGACGAGAGUGCCCUUCUGAUGGGUGCUGUCAAGGAGGAGGCAGUGGAGGGGGCGAUGGGUGAUGGGGGCAGGGCGGAGCAGCGCACACGGCGCAAGAGCAAGAGGGCAGUGGCCGAGGGGGACGAAUGGGCGGUGGAGGGAGGAGGACCAAACGCCAUACAGCAGGUCAGCGAUCACCCACAGGCAAACGAAAGGAAACACAGCCAGAUGGAUGCACGCGUGUGUGUGUGUGUUUGUCGCCUGUUCAGAUUGAUCAUUCCUUGGGUCUGCACCGCAGCGAGACCACAGACACCUCUGCAGACCCCAUAGCCGUGGAUGGGCGAGUGGAGGGCCAGGAGCAGCACACGGCCGCAUCUCGCGACACUCUCAUCCUCAAGUCGGCUUCCUCUUUCGAAGUCCAGAUGUCGGUGCAUGCACAGCCACAGCCGUCCAACGCUGACGACGGGUCGCGCAGUGCAGCGGAUAAGGCGGGUGCGGGUGAUGGAGAAGGUAGCGGGGCAGCGGGGGAGGUGGCGAGGUUUGCGGAUGCGGCCGGCCGUUCGGUGGACCCGGGCAUCGAGGACGUGUACGUGCCUCUGGUGCCCAUGACCUCCCCAGCAGACGACAGCCAUGCCAACACCGAUCGUGGGGAGCGGCGUGAGGCGAGCGGUGCCAAGGUACGGAUGGAUGCGAUGUCCGUACUCAUUUCUCGAUGAAUUCGUCUUUCUCUGGUUGUGUACCGUGUGGGUGCAUCAGUCUAUGAGCUGGCUCGAGAGGCAUUUCGGGACAUAUUUCGGGCCAUCAAGAAUCUCACUGAAGCGGUAAGCAGGCAGACGGGACUGGAUGGGAUGAGCACUCACUCGUGGCACUUCCUCUGUGUUUGUGUCAGGGCCGUGGAGCGUGCCAAGCGAUGGGCCAAGGAGGAGAUUGUGGUGUUCACGCCGCCUCCUGCAGCAGCUGCAGUCACCGACCAGACGGCGGACCAUUCGCAUCUGGCCGACAUCGAGGCGACAGCGGGCAACAACAAGCGAGCACGAGCCGAGGGCGAAGCUGCCGAGCCAGCCAAGAAGGCGAAAGGAGAGCCCCCAGCGGCGGCAGCGCAGCACCUGCUGGCAGCACUGCUGCAGCAUCGGCUGCACAGCCAUCUCAGCUGA